AAGACCGUGUGUUUCCAAACUUUUAAAAUCCGUUGCUUCCAGCAAGUAUCUUACGGUGUGUCAGUCAUUUUGUUGCAUGGAACCGCAAGAUACAGUCAUGGAUCGAAUCAAGUUUAAGGUUAAUGGAAUACAAUAUUCUGUGGGCAGUGAGAUUAGUUCAGAUGAGAUGCUACUGGACUACCUCCGCAGCUACCUUCAGCUGCGCGGCACCAAAUACAUGUGUCGUGAAGGUGGCUGCGGAGCCUGUAUUGUGACGGCAUCCAAAUGUCCUGGAGGCCCACAAGUUUCUAUUAAUUCCUGUAUGGUCUCCAUUGGGUCAUGUGAGGGUUGGGACAUCAGGACUAUCGAGGCUCUAGGCAACAAAAAAGCAGGCUACCACCCUCUACAAAAAACAUUAGCAGACCACCAUGGUACUCAGUGUGGCUACUGCACUUGUGGAUGGAUUAUGGCUAUGCAUGGACUGUUGGAAAGUAAGAAACGUGUCACAAUGUUAGAAAUAGAACAGGCUUUUGGUAGCAACGUCUGCCGAUGUACUGGAUACAGACCUAUCCUUGAUGCCUUCAAGAAAUUUGCUGUAGAUGCUCCAAAAGAUAGGAUUAUGGAUAUAGAAGACCUUAGCAUUUGUAAGAAAUCCGGGAAACCUUGCAAUCAAACGUGCGAAGACGAUGAAUGGUGUUUAGUGGAUGAAGAAGAUGUACAAGAUAGACUAAAGAGAAUAGUCCUAAGAGAUGGCAAAAUUUGGUACAAACCAAGAGUAUUAUUGGAGGUCUUUAGUAUACUGUUGACUGAAGGACCACAUUCGUACAUGCUGGUGAAUGGAAAUACUGCUAAAGGAGCCUACCCCAUAGACCAAUACCCACGCCUCCUCAUAGACAUUAGUAACCUCAAAGAGUUGAAGUCCAUCUCUUAUGACCAGAACCUUGUAGUCGGGGCUGGUCUCACGCUGUCCGAGUUUCUGGAGGUGCUCGAUGCUGGGUCGAAGCAGCAGUACUUUGGGUAUUUAAGGAAACUGUAUGACCAUGUCAGCCUGGUGGCACAUAUACCUGUGAGGAAUGUAGGAACAAUUGCAGGCAACUUGAUGAUCAAGCACACUCAUAAUGAAUUCCCAUCUGAUAUUUAUCUUCUACUAAACACUGUCGGCGCUCAACUGUCUCUCGUGGACUUCCACGGAGCAAGACUUACAGUGACAAUGGAACAUUUCCUAAGGGUUGACAUGACAGGAAAAGUGAUAAUAAAUGUUUUGUUGCCCCCGAUGAGUGAUAGUCACAAACUAUAUACAUAUAAGCUAAUGCCACGAGCUCAAAGUGCUCAUGCGAUAGUCAACGCAGGAUUCCUUUACAAACUGCAUCCGAACACGAGCGUUGUUGAGAGCUCGCGUAUUAUAUACGGUGGCCUUUCAACGAAGUUCCCAAGGGCAGUGGCUACGGAACAGUACCUAGUAGGGAAGAAUUUGUUCAGUAAUGAUACUUUGCAAGGAGCCUUAAGAGUGCUGGAUGGUGAAAUGAUAGUAGAAGCUAAUCCUCCUGAACAGUCUGUUGAGUAUAGGAGGUUUAUCGCUAAGGCGCUGUUUUAUAAGGGGCUCCUCACUCUAUGUCCACCUAAGGUUGUGGCAAAACGUUAUCAAUCUGGGACGGACAAGAUACACGAUUCAAGACCAGUCUCUGAUGGGAAACAGACCUUCACUACUGACCCUACUAUGUGGCCUCUGAACCAGCCUAUUGUUAAGGUGGAAGCAGCGAUUCAAUGUUCAGGGGAGGCGCAAUACACUGAUGACAUACCAUCUAUACACAACGAAGUUUUUGGAGCCUUCGUGCUUAGUACUGUAGCGAAGGGUACUAUUGCCAAAAUUGACCCCAGCGCUGCUUUGAAUCUACCCGGCGUCCUAGCCUUCUACACAGCUAAAGACAUUCCCGGACUGAACUCUUUCACCCCAGCAGACAGCUUGCUAUACACCUCCAAUGAAGAAGUAUUGUGUGACGGCAAUGUAAAAUACUACCACCAACCAAUCGGUAUCGUGGUAGCAGAAACACAAUUAGUUGCCGAUAGGGCCGCAAGAUAUGUCAGAGUUCAAUACAGUAAUAUUACGAAACCAGUUACUGAUGUUAAAGAAGCUAAAAAGGAUGCUAAGAGAAACACCAUGUUUGUAUCCAUGGACGCUACUAACCCUGGUACAGAUGUAUUCAAGACUAUCAAAGGCAGUAACACAUUUUAUGGACAAUAUCAUUUUACUAUGGAAACCUUAGCUUGUGUCGCAAAGCCUACUGAAGAAGGAAUUGAAGUGCAUUCAACAACGCAAUGGCUAGAUGGGGUACACGUUAUGAUAUCAAGGGCGUUGAAUAUACCUGAAAAUAAGAUUGAUGUGCAUGUUCGUCGUCUCGGAGGCGCAUACGGCAUUAAGAUAUCUCGAAAUAUACAAUGCGCUGUUGCAUGCAGUCUUGUGGUACACAAAAUGAAUCGUCCAUGCAGGUUCAUUCAACCACUGACCACGAACAUGAGAGCAGUUGGCAAAAGAUUGCCUUGCUCGUCUGAUUUUGAGGUCGCAGUAAAUCAUUCGGGUCAAAUCCAAAAGAUCGAUUUAUCUAUAUACGAGGAUAAUGGUUACAAAAUAAACGAAACAUUGUCAGCGCUUGGUGUCGAUGUGUUCAACAAUUGCUACGAUGCUACCAGAUUUAAUUACAAGCUUUUUGAUACUAUCACUGAUACAGCUAAAAAUUCAUGGUGCAGAUCACCCGGUACCCUUGAGGCAAUUGCCAGCAUCGAAUAUGUAAUGGAACAAAUAUCCUACGAACUAUCUCUUGACCCUGUAGCCGUCCGUCUAGCUAACUUAGACAGAACAAAAUACAGUGACAUGGUAGAAAUGGUGGAACUUAUGAAAACAAAUUCUGAAUUCACAAAAAGGAGAUCAGCGGUGGACUCCUUUAAUACACAGAAUAGAUGGAAGAAGCGUGGGUUGAGAUGGGCGUUCUCAAGAUGGUCACCUGCGGGAGCACAACGCUUUGACGUAAACCUAUCAGUAUUUCAUGCAGACGGUUCCGUAGUCAUCACCCAUGCUGGAGUUGAGAUGGGACAAGGGAUCAACACAAAAGCAGUUCAACUAGCAGCUUACCUCUUGAAAAUACCAAUAGAGAAAAUUCAAAUCAAAGGCAACAACACAAUAAUCGCACCAAACAGUUUCAUAUCUGGGGGAAGUCUUACCACACAGAGUAUCAUCAUUGCUUUAAGACGAUGCUGUGAUGAACUGAAUGCAAGAUUAGAACCAAUAAGAACUACGUUGACAAAUCCAACGUGGGAAGCAUUGAUAACUGCAGCUUAUAAUGCCAAUGUCGAUCUUCAGGCUCAUGGAUUCGUUCACGUUGGUGAUGCGCAAAUGUAUAAUGUGUAUGGUAUGGCAUUAUGUGAAGUCGAAGUCGAUAUAUUGACGGGAGAAUUUGAAGUGAUAAGAGUAGAUAUUCUACAGGAUGUUGGUUUUAGUGUCAGUCCUGAAAUUGAUGUUGGACAAGUCGAAGGUGCCUUCAUCAUGGGUCUAGGCUACUGGACUUGUGAGAGACUUGUCUACUCUGAAGAUGGUGCCAUGGUUACUGAUAGAACCUGGGACUACCACGUGCCUCAAGCGAGAGAUAUACCACAAGACUUUAGGGUUUACUUCAAAAAGAAUUCGUACAGCAAUGAAGUCAUACUUGGAUCUAAAGGUACCGGGGAACCGGCGACUUGUGCCUCAGUAGUCGUAGCGUUUGCAUUGAGAGAAGCCAUAGUUCAAGCGAGACAGGAUUCUGGUAUACCAACCACACAAUGGUUCUCGAUAGAUGGACCCUACACAACUGAAAAAGUUUGUAUGUCGGCGCAAACGAAUACAAAAGACUUCAGAUUUUACUAAGAACCCAAAAUAUUAGCCACUCAACCACUACUAAUUAAUAAUAUUAUAACAUGAUGUGUGAUGUUUAGAAUUUGAUAAACAGGCAUUCAACUGAU